AUGGACCGCAGUCUGGACGAGAUCAUUGCUGAGGACACGCGCCCUAACGCUCGCUCCUCCGGGCCAUCUGGUGGUGGCGGCGGUGGCCGUCGUCGCAACAACCCCGGCCGUCGCACCGAGCGCGACGGCGUCAGAAAGCCAUACUCCCAAGACCGUGACCGCGUCGAUUUGAACCUCGACUGGGUUCAUGACAAGUUCGAAGAUGACCGUUCCCGCCCAUCCCGUGGAGGAGGUGGCCGUAGAGGCCGUGACGGACCCGAUUACGAGCGAUCAUUGACCAAAGUUCGCGUGGAGAACUUGCACUACGAUAUCACUGAGGGCGAGCUCGAUGAUCUUUUCAGCCAGAUCGGACCCGUAUCUGAUCUCACCAUGUCCUAUGACCGCUCUGGCCGUUCUGAAGGAGUUGCAUACAUCACAUACGCUCGUCUCAAGGACGCACACACCUCCAUUCAAGAGUACGAUGGAGCCAACGCCAAGGGCCAGCCUAUCCGCCUGUCUCUCAUUCCCGGCCGCCGUGAACGCAACCCUCUCGAUUCCGCCCACCACCCUCGAUCCAGCUUGAUGGAUCGCAUUGAGCGUCCUCGCGACGGCCGCAGCCUCAGCCCCCGAUCCGACGAGAACGAUGGAGGUCGCCGCCGCGGUCGCGGUGGCCGUGGUCACCGCAGCGACGUUACCAAGCCCCCUCCCGAUGGAAUCGAUCGCUACGUUCCCGGCCAGCGCUCCGGACGCUCCCCCGCCGCAACGGAGGUCGACGCGGUGGACGUGAUGGCCGCGCCCAGCCAACAGAUGGCUCAAACCGUCGCUCUAAUCCCCGCCCACGCAAGACCCAGGAAGAGCUGGACCAGGAGAUGGAAGAUUACUGGGGUGGUGCAAACAACGGUGGCGGUGACGACGCCGCAGUUGUCCAGGACGCUCCUCAGCAGGCUGCGGCUGCACCGGCCCCCUAGCGCACCCGUCGCCAACGACGACGAUGUUGAUAUGAUCGAGUAA